ACUACCGCUCGAUGAGGCGAAGAAGAUCAGCGGCGUCGGGCUGGGAGGGAAAAGCAGCCUUUGAGAAGAAAAGCAAAUCUCUCCCCUCAACUGUUUACCCUGACGUCAGUUUGCUGAAGUAGCUGUGGGCCGUCUCGGUUCUUGUUCUCUCAAACUGCGUGUCUGUCUCACCGUCAUCCGUGGGAAUAGAUGAGCUCUAUACUCUCGAAAGUUUUCUCGCGUGGAUCUCAUCAAUGGAGGGGAUGAAAUGAUCUUUGUGGCGCAUUUGAAAGUGGACUAAAAAUCAGCUUUUACGAUGAACACCUGCGCCUUUCUGUUGAUUCUUACUGUCCAGAUAUACGCCGAUGGCAUCGAAGGACCAACAGCUGCUGGCUGCACAUUUGAAGAGGACUCGGAUCCUAGUCUGUGUGACUUCAUACAGGGUGAAGAAGAUGACUUUGACUGGCAGCUGUUUCGGACGCACAAUUCCCCAUCCGCCGGCUCAGACCUCCUGCGCGGAUCCUACAUGUUGGUGAACUCCUCCCAGCAUGCAGUGGGCCACUGUGCUCAGCUUCUGCUGCAGAGUCUGAGUGAAAAUGACACACACUGCGUCCAAUUCAGCUACUUCCUGUACAGCCGCGAUGGCCACAGUCCGGGGGCCUUGAACGUGUACGUGCGGGUGAACGGCGGUCCUCUGGGCAGCCCGGUGUGGAACACAUCAGGGUCACAUGGGAAGCAGUGGCAUCAGGUGGAGCUGGCUGUGAGCACCUUCUGGCCUAAUGAAUAUCAGAUACUGAUUGAGGCAACCAUUUCCAGGGAGCGUCAAGGGUACAUUGCCAUCGAUGACAUCAUGGUGCUCAACUAUCCCUGCUAUAAGGCUCCACAUUUCUCCAGGCUUGGAGACGAGGAGGUCAACGCCGGACAAAAUGCCACUUUCCAAUGUGUUGCUGCCGGAAAGGCAGCCGAGGCUGAGAAAUUCCUACUGGAGAGACACAAUGGGGAGAUUCUAACAUCAGCGUCGGUCAAGCAUCUGAGUCACCGCCGCUUUGUGGUAUCGUUCCAGCUAGACAGCGUUCAGAGGUCUGAUCAAGACCUUUAUCGUUGCGUCACCCAGUCUCCCAGGGGAUCCGGGGUUUCCAACUUUGCUGAACUCAUCGUCAAAGUACCACCAUCCCCUAUCGCUCCACCUCAGCUGCUACGUGCCGGCUCCACUUACCUAAUCAUCCAGCUCAACACCAAUUCUAUCCUGGGAGACGGACCCAUUAUUAGGAAGGAGAUUGAGUACCGUGCCAGCCAGUCUCCAUGGUCUGAAGUUCACGGAGUCAACAUGGUCACCUACAAGCUGUGGCACCUGGAUCCAGACACUGAAUACCACAUCAGUGUGUUGUUGACCCGCCCCGGAGAAGGAGGCACGGGCCCCCCCGGACCGCCGCUAGUGAGCAGGACCAAGUGUGCAGAGCCAAUGCGUGCACUGCGGGGUCUCACAGCCACAGAUAUCCAGCCCAGGCAGUUGUCUUUGCUGUGGGAGAACCUGGCGUUCAAUGUGACACGCUGCCACACCUACUCAGUGUCCCUCUGCUACCGCUACACCAUGGCGGGCGGCGGCGGCGGCCACAACACCACCGUGCGAGAAUGCCUGGCCGUGGAGCACAACACCUCACGCUUCACACUGCGUGAUCUGCCGCCCUACCACGGCAUCCAUGUCCGUCUGUCACUGGUCAACCCUGAGGGCAAGAAAGAGGGCAGAGAGGUCACCUUCCAGACUGAAGAAGACAUCCCAGGAGGCAUUGCACCAGAGUCACUCACCUUCACCCCGCUGGAUGACAUGAUCUUCCUUAAGUGGGAGGAGCCUCUGGAGCCCAAUGGCCUUAUCACCCAGUAUGAGAUCAGUUAUCAGAGCAUUGAAUCCUCCGACCCUGGCAUCAACGUGCCAGGACCCAGAAGAACCGUGUCCAAGCUAAAGAACGAGACCUACCACAUGUUCUCUAAUCUCCACCCUGGAACGACAUACUUGAUCUCCGUGCGAGCCCGUACAGGGAAGGGUUUUGGCCAGACCGCCCUCACUGAAAUCACGACCAACAUCUCAGCACCUACAUUCGAUUAUGGAGACAUGCCUUCCCCCUUGAGUGAGACUGAGAACACAAUAACUGUGCUGCUACGCCCCGCCCAAGGCAGAGGAGCGCCUGUCAGCACAUACCAGGUGGUUGUACAAGAGGAGACAGGGAAAAAAGUAAAAAGGGAGCUGGGGCUUCAAGAGUGUUUUCCCCUGCCGAUGUCCCACGGUGAGGCCUUGGCCAGGGGCACCCCGCACUACUACACCGCUGAGCUCCCACCCAGCAGCCUGCCAGAGGCCAGUCCCUUCACUGUGGGUGACAAUCAUACUUACAACGGCUACUGGAACACCCCUUUGGACCCCCGUAAAAGCUACCUUGUCUACUUCCAGGCAAUGAGCAACUUCAGAGGGGAAUCCAGAAUAAACUGCAUCCGCAUCGCCCGCAAAGCCGCCUGCAAAGAUCACCGCAAAGCUUUGGAGGUGUCGCAACACUCAGAGGAGAUGGGGCUGAUUCUCGGGGUGUGUGCCGGUGGCUUGGUGGUGCUCAUCCUCCUGCUGGGUGCUGUCAUCAUUAUCAUAAAAAAAGGAAGGAACUACUACUCUUAUUAUCCGAAACCUGUGAACAUGAAUAAGACGCCCAUUACUUACCGUCAGGAGAAGAGCCAUAUGGGCUCCAUGGAGCGCAGUUUUACUGACCAGAGCACACUUCAAGAGGAUGAGAGGAUGGCCCUUUCCUUCAUGGACGCGCACACCUGCGGUACACGCAGUGAUCCUCGCAGUUCGGUGAACGAGGCCAGCAGCCUGCUGGGAGGCUCCCCUAGGCAUCCGUGUGGACGCAAAGGUUCCCCCUACCACACCGGGCAACUCCACCCUGCCGUCCGAGUGGCCGACCUGCUUCAACACAUCAACCAGAUGAAGACGGCUGAGGGCUACGGAUUCAAACAGGAAUAUGAGAGCUUCUUUGAUGGUUGGGACUGCACGAAGAAGAAAGACAAAACCAAAGGGAGACAUGACACCUUAUUGGGAUAUGAUCGCCACCGAGUCAAGCUCAACCCACUCCUGGGAGACCCUAAUUCCGACUACAUCAACGCCAACUACAUUGAUAUUCGGAUUAACAGGGAAGGCUACCAUCGAUCCAACCACUUCAUCGCCACUCAGGGACCCAAGCAGGAGACGCUGUAUGAUUUCUGGAGGAUGGUGUGGCAGGAAAAUUGUUUCAGCAUCGUCAUGAUCACUAAACUGGUUGAAGUUGGCCGGGUGAAAUGCUGUAAAUACUGGCCUGAUGACAGCGAGAUGUACGGCGACAUUAAGAUCACUCUGCUGAAAACGGAAAAACUUGCUGAAUACACUGUCCGCACUUUUGCCUUGGAGAGGAGAGGAUACUCAACCAAGCAUGAGGUCCGUCAGUUCCACUUCACAUCCUGGCCUGAGCACGGCGUGCCCUAUCACGCCACUGGACUGUUGGCCUUUAUACGAAGAGUAAAAGCUUCUACGCCUCCCGAUGCCGGCCCAGUGGUGGUCCACUGCAGCGCGGGGGCGGGUCGCACCGGCUGCUACAUCGUGCUCGAUGUCAUGUUGGACAUGGCGGAGUGUGAAGGCGUGGUGGACAUCUACAACUGUGUCAAAACCCUCUGCUCCCGCCGUAUCAACAUGAUCCAGACAGAGGAGCAGUAUAUUUUUAUUCAUGAUGCCAUUCUGGAAGCGUGUCUAUGUGGCGAGACGGCCAUCUUGGUGAACGAGUUCUCAGUUGCCUACAGAGAGAUGCUGAGAGUGGAUUCCCAAAGUAAUUCCUCCCAGCUCCGUGAAGAAUUUCAGACGCUGAAUUCUGUGACUCCCCACGUGGACGUAGAGGAGUGCAGCAUCGCUCUGUUGCCAAGAAACCGAGAGAAAAAUCGCAGCAUGGAUGUUCUUCCACCUGAUCGGGCCCUGGCCUUCCUUGUAACAACAGAAGGGGAGAGCAACAACUACAUCAAUGCCGCUCUGGCAGACAGCUUCCACCAGCAAGCCGCCUUCAUUGUCACCCCUCACCCUCUGCCCGGCACCACGGCCGACUUCUGGAGGCUGGUCUUCGACUAUGGCUGCACAGCCGUGGUCAUGCUCAACCAACUGAAUCAGUCCAACUCAGCCUGGCCGUGUGUCCAGUACUGGCCAGAACCUGGUCUUCAGCAGUAUGGGCCCAUGGAGGUGGAGUUUCUGUCCAUGUCAGCUGAUGAAGAUGUCAUAACACGCCUGUUUCGGGUCAAGAACGUCACAAGGCUCCAAGAGGGCCAGUUGGUGGUGUGUCAGUUCCAGUUCCUGCGCUGGUCGCCGUAUCGUGACGUUCCUGACUCCAAGAAGGCGUUCCUCAACCUGCUGGCUCAAGUGCACAAGUGGCAAAGAGAGUGCGGAGAAGGACGCACCGUGGUCCACUGCCUUAAUGGCGGCGGUCGCAGUGGAACCUUCUGUGCCUGCAACAUUCUCCUGGAGAUGAUCCAGUACCAGAACAUGGUGGAUAUCUUCUACGCAGUCAAAACAUUACGCAACUGUAAACCCAACAUGGUGGAAUCCCUGGACCAGUAUCGAUUCUGCUAUGACCUCAUCUUGGAGUACUUGGACUGCUUUGAGGGGAGAUAGCAACUAGAUGCCAGGUUCUUGAUUAAAAGCCUCCUGGAGGCUCCCAACAUGCGCUGCUUGGACUUAAACUAUUGGGAUGAAGUAAAGCAGAACAAGAAUGGAAACAAUCUGGUUGGAAAUUGGAACCUUUAAUGUACAGCUGUGAUUUCCGUGUGUGGUGAUGUUUUAUCCUUUUUUUUAUUUUUGUGCUUUUCUUGGUCAUUUUUGCCUCUGUACUUAAUGCUAUUGUAGCCAAAAAAAUAAUAAGAAGAAGAACAAUGUUAUAAGCUACACAAAUUGACUUAUUUUAUUCUAAAAAGGGGCUACAUUGGCUGUGAUUUCAUGUUUCAUUCAAAGACGAAAGAACAAGAGUUUUUCUUCAUCUCACAGGAGUCCACUGUGGAUGCGGCACCGCUUAUCUAGAAAACCAUAAACUGCCUUAUUCUCUGACAAUAAGACGCCAAUUCCAAGACUACAAGUGGACAAACCAGGCCAGUCCUGCAGACAUUAUUACCCAGUAGAACCAUGUCCCCCAUUUUGCCAAAUUUGGUUGGACGUGGUCUACCGGUGAUCUUUUUUCUGGACCGCCACAGGAGAUUGCUAUCACAUAUGACUUAUAAUGUCGCAGUGCCAAUCCCGAUGACUGACUUUAAUACUAUUUACUUUGUUCUUAUACAGUAUGCCUACACCCACUAUGUACUCCCUCCAAAGUGAUUGUAUCUUGUAAAAUGGGAAAAGAACAAGGAGCACAAAACGUGUUGAGGCGACCACCUACAGUGCUGGAGUGGUAUGAAAAAUAUCUUUCAUUAUUUGAUAAAAAAAAAAAAAUUUGGACUCUUUUCUGUUUUUAUACUGUUGAAGAAAUGCCUGUUUGGAUUGUUAGCAAAUGUGGCAUGAAGGUACAUUGUUGUCCUACGUGGUUUGAAGUGAGUUUGAAAUGAAAAAUAACAUAAAAUAGUCUGAAAAUGUGAAUUAGAUUGUCACAUUAUGAAAUAAUACACAGCGGAGUGAGCAAUUUGGAACGUGAGGUGGCUGGCAUACAUCCUAUUCAGCUUUAAAAGUUGUUCUUUGUAUGCUUUUUUUUUUUUUAAUCUAACAUUCUCUGUUAUGAACAGAAACAGAAAAUGAGAGCAAAUACAGUGUUCCCUCGCUCUAUCGUGGUUCACCUUAUUAUAACAUAUGAACUCCGAGUCUGGCCCUUUUGGAAAGAUUACAUUGCAGGAAGUUGAGUGUCUCUACCUUCCCUCUCUCAUUUGACCGAACAGGACAUUGUCUUCUGCGUCCUGAUUAGCUGUAGACCACUAUCAGUCAGUCUCUCGUGUCACCGCUAGCUUGAAAUCUUUGUACGUUUGCAAGUUCCUCCGUGACAAACCCUACAAUAACCAUGUUUACAUGAGGAGUUUUUCUCUUUCCGAAUGGAAUCUUUCCGAAUGACCUUUCCGAAAGCAAUGGUAUACAUGGAAAAAGGAAUAUUCCAAUGGCGUGUCUACAUGCGCCGCUAUAAUCAACCAGAAUAGUCAAUGGGGCAUGCGCAGUAAAGCGUAAACACCAACAUCACGUGAUACCGACUUCCUCCAGUUUUUCUUUCACUUGUUGGAAUAACUCCGUAUUCCCAGUUUUUCCUUAGUCCAGUCUUGAAAUUUAGUUUGAAUCAAAAACAAACUUUCCGCAGCAGUCCAGCGCCGAUUGCUCGCCUCCAUUUUUAAAACUGAAGAACGUCUGGAGCUGCGUGUUACGUCAUAUCUCAGCAUUCGCUGAAAGAACGCACCCGGGAACAGGAAAAGAUAAAGUUCAAUCUUGCUAAUAUUUUAUAAUUAAGCUCGGCACAUGUUUUAUAUAGAUAUGUAUUUUCUUUUUUAAUAAAACUGGACUUGUGAAUGGCGUAUAGAAGGGUUUAGAUUCUGUUCCACAGAUGGCGCUAAUGCACACGAAAGCUGCUUGCCAACCGCCAAUAAACAACAGAAGAAGAUAGAACGCAGUCUGACAACUUUCCGUUUGAGCGGGUACAAGAUACCUCAAUCGGAUUGGGGAAAGGAAUAUUCCACCCCUGGGAAUCCCAUUAUAUAUUCAUUCGGAUUGGCACUUUUCUUUCGGAAUGAGGUGUAUACAAAGGUUACAUUCUUUCCGUUUGAGCAAAUAACCCGAAUGGAAUUGGAAUAUUUGGGUCCAUGUAUACGUGGCUAAUGUCAACCAAAGGUUUUCGCCCAAAGGUUAGAGCAGGAUGCUCACCAUUGCAUAAAAGGACAACAGGACAAGUACUGCAAUGGUAUGUUUUAACAAGGACGCAAAAACUCUACAGUACAGUGAAACGAACCAUGAUUAAAAUAUGCGCGAGUCACAUAAUUAUUCCUUGUGUCCAACCUCUUAGGUUGAUCAUUAAAAUUAAAAAAUAAAGUGUUGAUCUUUUUUGUGACCUCACAGCUUGGAGACCUGAGUUUGAUUCCACCCACGGCCAUCUCUGUGUGGAGUUUGCAUGUUCUCCCUGUGCAUGCGUGGGUUUUCUCCGGGUACUCCGGUUUCCUCCCACAUUCCAAAAACAUGCUAGGUUAAUUGGCGACUCCAAAUUGUCCAUAGGUAUGAAUGUGAGUGUGAAUGGUUGUUUGUCUAUAUGUGCCCUGUGAUUGGCUGGCCACCAGUCCAGGGUGUACCCCCCAUUUAUUCACUUAUUGUGGGCUAUUUUGGGAACCUAUCCCCUGCGAUAAACGAGGGAAAACUGUAUAUCAUAAACUCUCAUUUAUUCGAUUAUAUAAUUAAUUUUAUACAAGUGCUAACACUCAGCAUGACUAUGCUAGUUAUUCAAUGUCAUCUCUUUGCUGUCUAAUUUCUUUGGAAUUGUUAGUGGUAAAAUGUUUUAAAAGUCAUUAUAAUUCAGUAAUAAAAUUUUAAUGUUAAUUCCACCAUGAAAUCCAUUUAAAUAGUGGCAGCCAUCUUGGUUGUUAAUGGGAAACUCGUGUUACAUCAUGUCCAGCUGUUUCCAUAUGAAAUGCCUAUAUAAUAUUUGGGAGUGAAUGUAAAUCCCUCUAUUGAGGAAGGAGACCAGAUCCAUCUGUGAAAGUAUAAAAUGAGAAGAAUAUCACAGUGAGGUCUCCAUAUAACUCCAGUAUCUCCAGUAUCUCCAUUGGAGCCGUGCUACUGGUCGAUAUUGAGCCAUCUGUUUUAGUGCAUGAUCCACGUCAGCUUUAAAACACCCGUAAAACACACAUAUUGUCCAUGCUCUGUUUUUUUCCAAAUAUUUUUUUUUUCUCUGUAGAAAUAGUCUUUUAUGUGUUUUCAGCCAUUAUUGUCAUCCAUUAUCGCUAUUAAAAAGUACUCGGGAAUUUCCCCCGACACGACAUAAAGUGCAGGUUUUCAAAAAAAAAAGGUGCUGAUCAUAUCAUUUGUGGACUCGCCCUAAUAGACCUCCUGAAAAGCACCGAAGCUGACAAAUGGCAGCUAUGUGAGAAUUUUUGCGGGCAGAAUGGAAGAAAAACAUAACAGUUCCGUACAUCAUGACAAUGACUAUGUGGAACAUAUUCUUUAUGAUAAUAUAGGAAGAAGAAUGAGGUAGCUACUGUUCAUCCGGUGGCGAUACCAUCACCGGAGUAGAACAGGAAGUGCCUGAUUUUCAGGAGAGGAUGUGUAUAUAUAUAUAUAUAUAUAUUUAUAUAUAUAUAUAUACAGCUGUACAUUGUUAUGUGAAUACUUUGUGAAUAAUAUACUAUGUCUGCCCAAUUAGUGACUACACCAUAACCACCAAGCUGAAUGUGCUGUAAAUAACAUUUUGUGAGUUAUUUGGCAGUUUUUAACAUCGACGUCCGAAAAACCGAACGGGUUGCAGCAUGUUUGACUUCAUAUCUGUCUGCGUCAUUUCACAAGCACCCUUGUGUUUUACCACAGCCACACCAAGUGAGUGCACUGUACUUUUACCAUUCCCGAAAGCUUUUUACUCUGUGACUGCGCUCCGACACGACAGUUGUGUUGAACUUCACUUGUUUCUGUAUGCACCCAAUGACUACUGUGUUUCUGAGCAUUGUGUAUGUGUGUAUUUACAUAGCUGGGGAUGGUUUUUGUUCUGAAGGAGGAUUGACAAUAAAAGAACAAGGUGGGGGGAAAAAUGCUUGAUUAUUGUGUCAGAAAAAAAAAACAAAGAGAACCGGACAUAUGUACGUCCUGUGGUUAGUCUUUGACUCCAGAAGGUUUCUCCUCUAUACAUAUGGAUCACUUGUCAACCUUCCGUUUUGAUCAAGAGCAAAGGUGGGGAGACAAUUAAUGCUGUUCUGGAUUACGGAAAAUGAAACAGAGCCAAAGAAGCACCCAUUGCAUUUUUUGACGGGUUGAUCUAAAAAAAAACAAAAAAAAAACUUGGAUGAUCAA